UGUAAUGGCCGCAGGCUUCUCUUCUCGCGCGCUCCUCUUAUCCACUAACAACACUCAACAGCAACACCAUUGCUACCAAACCUUUAGCUUUAGAACAAGAAGAAGAAGCAGAAGUAGAAGCACCUUGGACUUGUCUGCGCUACCACUUCCUCUCCCUACCAGACUCCCUCUUUCUCGGCCGGCGAGGUUCCGAGUCCUUUGCCAGUCACCAGGCCUCUCCGGCCCGGACCUCGCCGUCCAAGACGGCCAAGAUCGUCUUCUCAAGGUCCCUGUGUCUAACAUCAGGAAUUUCAGCAUCAUUGCGCACAUAGACCAUGGGAAAUCGACUUUGGCGGAUAAACUGCUCCAAGUGACCGGAACUGUACAGAAGCGGGAGAUGAAGGAACAGUUUCUUGAUAACAUGGAUUUGGAGAGGGAGAGAGGCAUCACUAUCAAACUACAGGCUGCUCGAAUGCGUUAUAUCUUUAAAAGUGAACCAUAUUGCCUGAAUCUAAUUGAUACACCAGGGCAUGUAGACUUCUCUUAUGAGGUUUCUCGGUCUCUUGCUGCAUGUGAGGGAGCUCUCCUUGUUGUAGAUGCUUCUCAGGGAGUUGAAGCACAAACACUAGCUAAUGUUUACUUGGCCUUGGAAAACAACCUAGAAAUCAUCCCUGAUAGGCUGUCUAUAAUUGAUAUUUUAUGCAACUAA